AUGGGAGGCAAAUCGAAAGGAAAGAGAUCUGGCACGAGGUAUAAGUUUUCAAAAAAAUUCAGAAAACAUGGAGAAUGCACAGCGAACAAAUUUUUGGAGAAUAUCAACUACGGAGAUUAUGUAGAUAUUGUAUGUGACUCGACUCAACAGAAAGGUAUGCCAUUCAACUUCUACCAUGGACGAACAGGAAAAGUAUUUCACAUUACCAAAAGAGGUGUCGGAGUCUUGGUGAACAAGAGAGUUAAGCACCGAAUUAUACAGAAGAAGGUUUGUGUUCGAAUUGAACAUGUUCGUAAAUCAAGAUGUAAUGAAGAUUUCAAAUUGAGAAAAGAAAAAAAUGCUGAACUCAUUAAGGAAGCCAAACUGAAAAAAGAAUUUAUUUCAAUUAAGAGGCAACCAGAGGGACCUAAACCCGCGGCCAUGAUCAAAGUGCCCCCCACCAAAAUUAUCACCGUCGAGCCGUUGCCCUUCUAUGAGGAGUAUUAG